GAGGGGGCGGGCAGAGCCGUGGGGAGGCAGGCAGCUGUGGCUGGAGUUUCAGGGGGCCCAAAAAUCUCAGGUCGUGGCUCUGGGGCAGCCCCUUCAGGAUAUCCUGUCAUUCAGCCAGGAUUCGUAUAUACACUGCAGAGUGGCCAAUUUCACCAAGACCCCUGGAUUUGGCCAUUUUUCCUGUCUAGAGGCAGGUCUCACAUAUCUGCUGGUUCAGUCUAGAAAAAGGAGGGGAGAUGAUUUAAAAGUAAACAUUGCAAUGAGAAAGAAUUCACUGCGAAUUUGUGCAGCUACUUUAAAAUAGCAGAAUAGUUCUGACAGGUGCCUGGCACAGCGAAGGAGCGAAUAGUCCCUCACCAUGCUACGACACCUCAUUUGUUUUCUUGGAUUGGUUGUACAAGAUUUCUGCUCCCUGGCUGAAACUACGGGGCAGGCAAAAAGAUGUGAUAAGAAGUCUCUCCUGACAAUUAGAACUGAGUGCCGAUCCUGCUCACUCAACUUUGGAAUCAAGUGCCCAGACGGUUACACCAAGAUUACCAAUGGCUCUGUAGGAGUUCGAGAUUGCAGGUACAUGUUUGAGGUCAGAACCUACUCGCUGUCUCUCCCCGGAUGCAGGCACAUCUGUAGGAAGGACUACCUCAAGCCUCAGUGUUGUCCAGGCCACUGGGGCCCAGACUGCAUGGAGUGCCCAGGAGGAGCCGGGUCCCCCUGCAGUGGCAGGGGCAGAUGUGAUGAAGGCAUGGAAGGAAAUGGAAGCUGUUCCUGCCAAGAAGGAUUUGGUGGGACAGCCUGUGAAAGCUGUGCUGAUGACAACUUAUUUGGGCCAAGCUGUUCAGCAGUGUGCAGCUGUGUACAUGGAGUGUGCAACAGUGGAAUAGACGGCGACGGAACCUGUGAGUGCUACUCUGCAUACACUGGCACCAACUGUAACAAACCCAUCCCUGAGUGUGCAGCCUUGCUCUGUCCAGAAAAUUCCAGAUGCUCACCUUCCAGUGAAGAUGAAACCAAACUAGAAUGCAAAUGCCUUCCCAAUUACAAAGGCGAUGGCAAAUACUGCGAGCCCAUCAAUCCAUGUUUCCAAAAUAUCUGCCACCCUCAUGCUCACUGUACAUACCUGGGACCAAAUCGGCAUAGUUGUACAUGUGAAGAAGGCUACCAAGGGGAUGGCCAAGUGUGCUUACCAGCAGACCCCUGCCAAGUGAACUUUGGAAACUGCCCUACAAAGUCAACAGUGUGCAAGUACGACGGGCCUGGACAGUCUCACUGUGAGUGUAAGGAACAUUAUCACAAUUUUGUACCUGGAGUGGGAUGCAGUGUGACCGAUAUCUGUGAAUCAAAUAACCCCUGUCAUAAGAAUGCUAACUGUACCACCAUCGCACCAGGCCAAACCAAGUGCACUUGCCAGAAAGGCUACGUGGGCGAUGGCUCGACAUGUUACGGAAACAUCAUGGAGCGGCUCAGAGACUUAAACACUGAACCCAGAGGAAAAUGGCAGGGAAGGCUGACCACUUUCAUCUCACUCCUGGACAAAGCUUAUGCCUGGCCACUAAGUAACCUGGGACCAUUCACUGUACUGUUGCCAACAGACAAAGGACUGAAAGGAUUCAGUGUAAAAGAGCUUCUGAUGGAUAACGAGGCUGCUCAGUACUUUGUGAAACUGCACAUAAUCGCUGGGCAGAUGAACACUGAGCGUUUGAAUAACACAGACACAUUCUAUACCUUGACGGGAAAGUCAGGGGAAGUCUUCAACCGUGAUAAGGACAAUCAACUUAAGCUUAAACUCUAUGGAGGCAAAAAGAAGGUAAAAAUUAUACAGGGCAACAUGAUUGCUUCCAAUGGGCUCUUGCACAUCAUUGACAGAGCCAUGGACAAAAUGGACCCCACAUUUGAGAGCAACACCGAGCAAACCAUAAUGACAAUGCUACAACCAAGACACAGCAAGUUCAGAUCUUUGUUGGAGGAAACCAAUGUGGGACAUGCCUUAGAUGAGGAUGGGGUUGGUGGACCGUACACCAUUUUUGUUCCAAGUAAUGAAGCAUUAAAUAACAUGAAGGACGGCAUUCUUGAUUACCUCCUUUCUCCAGAGGGGUCUCGGAAGCUUCUAGAACUCGUCAGGUACCACAUUGUCCCAUUUACUCAGCUUGAAGUGGCCACUCUCAUUUCAACCCCUCACAUUAGAAGCAUGGCCAACCAGAUCAUACAGUUUAACACAACCAACAAUGGACAGAUUCUUGCAAAUGGUGUGGCAAUGGAAGAAAUUGAGGUUGCUGCCAAAAAUGGCCGAAUUUACACCCUGAAUGGAGUUCUCAUUCCUCCCUCCAUCAUCCCAAUCCUGCCUCACCGAUGUGAUGAAACUAAGAGAGAAAUGAAACUGGGCACCUGUGUGAGCUGUUCUGUGGUGUAUUGGAGCAUCUGUCCAGCUAAUUCUGAGCCCACAGCACUGUUCACACACAAAUGUGUCUACUCCAGCAGAACAAGGAGCCUGAAGAGUGGCUGUGCCAGAUACUGCAAUGCCACUGUGAAGAUACCCAAGUGCUGCAAAGGCUUCUACGGACCCGACUGCAAUCAGUGUCCAGGAGGUUUCUCGAACCCUUGCUCAGGAAACGGACAGUGUGCAGAUGGCCUCGGUGGCAAUGGAACGUGCAUUUGUGAGGAUGGCUUCCAAGGCUCUCAGUGUCAGUUCUGCUCUGAUCCCAAUAAAUACGGACCUCGAUGUGACAAAAAAUGUCUGUGCGCGUAUGGAACAUGUGACAACAGGAUAGACAGCGACGGGGCCUGCCUCGCUGGCACUUGCAGAGACGGCUCCGCUGGGAAGUUCUGCAACAAGCAGACCUCCUCCUGUGGGCCCUAUGUGCAGUUCUGUCACAUCCAUGCAACCUGCGAAUACAGCAAUGGGACAGCCAGCUGCAUUUGCAAAGCAGGAUACGAAGGGGAUGGAACCCUCUGUUCAAAGAUGGAUCCCUGCGCGGGAUUAACCCCAGGGGGCUGCAGCCGCAAUGCAGAAUGCAUCAAAACUGGCAUGGGGACCCACACCUGCGUGUGCCAGCAGGGAUGGACCGGGAACGGGAGAGACUGCUCAGAGAUCAACAACUGCCUGCUGCCCGGCGCUGGCGGCUGUCACAGCAAUGCAACCUGCUUGUACGUAGGCCCAGGCCAGAAUGAGUGUGAGUGCAAGAAAGGAUUUCGAGGCAACGGAAUUGGCUGUGAACCAAUAACUUCAUGCUUAGAACAAACCGGAAAAUGUCACCCGCUGGCAUCUUGUCAGUUUACUUCCUCUGGUGUCUGGAGCUGUGUUUGUCGAGAGGGCUAUGAAGGAGAUGGCCUUCUGUGCUAUGGAAAUGCAGCCGUGGAAUUGUCACUUCUCUUGGAAGCAGCUAUAUUUAACCAGUGGAUAACUGAUGCUUCUCUCCGACCCAUGCUGUCAGCCACCUCAAACCUUACUGUCCUCGUGCCUUCACAGCAAGCUAUUGAGGACAUGGACCAAGAUGACAAAACCUUUUGGUUGUCAAAGAGCAAUAUUCCAGCCCUCAUAAAAUACCAUACGCUCCUGGGCACAUACGGGGUGGCAGAUUUGGAGUCUCUGUCGUCGUCUGACAUGCUGGCAACAUCUUUGCAGGGCAACUUUCUCCACCUGGCAAAAGUGGAUGGGAAUUUCACCAUUGAAGGAGCAUCCAUCGUCGAUGGUGACAACGCAGCCACAAAUGGAGUGAUACACAUCAUCGACAAGGUUCUGGUUCCCCAAAGAAGUCUAAGUGGCUCCUUACCAAGCCUGCUCACCCGGCUGGAUCAGAUGCCUGGCUAUUCAAUCUUCCGGGGCUAUAUCAUUCAAUAUAACCUGGCAAGUGUAAUCGAGGCUGCUGAUGCUUACACGGUGUUUGCCCCAAACAACAAAGCCAUUGAGAAUUACAUCAGGGAGAAGAAGGCUGCAACACUAGAGGAGGACAUUGUCAGGUACCACGUGGUCCUGGAGGAGAAACUCCUGAAGAACGACCUGCACAACGGCAUGCACAGGGAGACCAUGCUGGGUUUUUCCUACUUCCUUGGCUUCUUUCUCCGCAAUGACCAGGUCUAUGUAAAUGACGCUCACAUAAAUUACACCAAUGCAGCCACUGACAAGGGAGUAAUCCAUGGCUUGGAGAAAGUUUUGGAAAUUCAGAAGAAUAGAUGUGAUAAUAACAACACUACUAUUGUUCAAGGAAAGUGUGGGAAAUGUCUCCAGCAGCCGAUCUGCCCACUUGGAACUAAACAACUAGGUAAAGAGAUGAAGAAAUGUAUCUAUACCCUUUAUUUCAUGGGACAGCGAUCCCCAUUCAUUGGGUGCCGGCCAGUAUGUGUGAAAACUGUAAUUAUGAGAGAAUGCUGUGCGGGCUUCUUUGGCCCCCAGUGCCAGCCCUGCCCAGGGAAAGCCGGGGAUGUCUGCUUCGGAAAUGGGAUCUGCUUGGAUGGAGUGAAUGGCACGGGCAUGUGUGAGUGUGGAGAGGGCUUCAAUGGGACGGCCUGCGAGACCUGCAACGAGGGCAGAUACGGGAUCCACUGUGACCAAGUGUGUCCUUGCGUCCAUGGGAGAUGCAACCAAGGACCCUUUGGUGAUGGCUCCUGUGAAUGUGACGUUGGCUGGAGAGGAAUACGAUGUGACAGUGAAAUCACAAAAGACAACUGCAAUGGGACAUGCCACACCAGUGCCAACUGCCUUCUCAAUUCCGAUGGCACAGCAUUGUGCAAGUGUGCAGCAGGGUUCCAAGGGAACGGGACAGUCUGCACAGCAAUCAAUGCCUGUGAGAUCAGCAACGGAGGUUGUUCUGCCAAUGCUGACUGUAAAAGAACCACCCCAGGACGUCGGCUGUGCGUGUGCAAGGUGGGCUACGCUGGUGAUGGCAUCGUGUGCCUAGAAAUUAAUCCAUGUUUGGAGAACCAUGGUGGCUGUGACAAGAAUGCAGAGUGCACACAGACGGGACCCAACCAGGCUGUCUGUAACUGUCUGCCAAAAUACACUGGAGAUGGAAAGAGCUGCACGCUCAUCAACAUCUGCCUAACCGAAAAUGGCGGCUGUAGUGAAUUUGCUAUCUGCAAUCACACUGGACAAGAUGAAAGGACCUGUACCUGUAAGCCAAACUACACUGGGGAUGGAUUUACCUGCCGAGGCAACAUAUAUCAGGAGCUUCCCAAGAACCCAAAAACGUCCCAGUAUUUCUUCCAGUUGAUGGAGCAUUCUGUGCGAGACCUGGUUGGCCCAGGCCCCUUCACCGUCUUUGCACCUUUAUCAGCAGCCUUUGACAAGGAAGCCCGGGUUGCAGACUGGGACAAACAGGGCGUAAUGCCCCAGGUUCUUCGGUAUCAUGUGAUCGCCUGCCACCAGCUGCUUCUGGAAAACCUGAAACUGACCCCAAAUGCAACUUCCCUCCAAGGGGAGUCGAUUGCCAUCUCUGUCUCUCAGGACACAGUGUAUUUAAAUAAUGAUACUAAGGUCAUAUCCAGUGAUAUCAUCAGUACCAACGGAGUCAUCCACAUCAUAGACAAGUUACUUUCCCCAAAAAACUUGCUUAUCGCCCCCAGAGAUGCCUCUGGAAGGAUUCUGCAAAAUCUUACGACAGUGGCAAAAAACCAUGGCUACACCAAAUUUAGCAACUUAAUACAGGAUGCCGGCUUGCUGAAUCUCAUCACUGAUCCCAUCCACAUCCCGGUCACUCUCUUCUGGCCCACGGACCAAGCUCUCCAAGCCUUACCCACUCAACAACAGGACUUCCUCUUCAACCAAGAGAACAAGGACAAGCUGAAGGAGUACUUGAAGUUCCAUGUGAUCCGAGAUUCCAAGGUUUUAGCAGUGGAUCUCCCCAGAUCUGCUGCCUGGAAGACUCUGCAAGGCUCGGAGUUGAGUGUGAAGUGUGGAGCUAGCAGUGAGAUUGGCGAGCUCUUUCUGAACGGACAAACAUGCAGAAUUGUGCAGCGGAACCUGCUGUUUGAUCUGGGUGUGGCCUAUGGCAUCGACUGUCUGCUAAUCGACCCCACGCUGGGGGGCCGCUGUGACACUUUUGCUAGUUUCAAUAUCUCGGGAAGUUGUGGGAGCUGUGUCAGUACUCCCGCCUGCCCAAGGGGAAGCAAAUCAAAGGGUGUGAAGCAGAAAUGUCUCUACAACCUGCCCUUCAAGAGGAACGUGGAAGGCUGCCAGCAGCAGUGCAUCAUGGUGGUGCAGCUCCCCAGGUGCUGCAAGGGGUACUUCGGGCGAGACUGUCAGGCCUGUCCCGGAGGACCAGAUGCCCCAUGCAAUAACCGGGGUGUCUGCCUCGAUGAAUACUGGGCCACAGGAGAGUGUCAAUGCAACAUCGGCUUCAAUGGGACGGCAUGCGAGCGGUGCUGGCCAGGGAGAUUCGGGCCUGACUGUCAGCCCUGUGGCUGCUCGGACCAUGGACAGUGCGAUGACGGGAUCCUGGGCUCUGGGCAGUGCCUCUGUGAAACGGGGUGGACGGGCCGCUUCUGUGACACUCAGACAGUCUUGCCCCCAGAGUGCACGCCUGCUUGUUCUACUCAUGCCACCUGUAAGGAGAACAACACAUGUGAGUGUAACCUGAAUUACGAAGGCGACGGAAUAACAUGCACAGUUGUGGAUUUCUGCAAACAGAACAACGGGGGCUGUGAGAAGGUCGCCAAGUGCUCCCAGAAGGGCACCAAGGUCUCCUGCAGCUGCCCCAAGGGCUACAAGGGGGACGGCUACAGCUGCACAGCAAUAGACCCCUGUGCAGAUGGCCUCGAUGGUGGGUGUCACGAGCAUGCCACCUGCAAGAUGACUGGCCCGGGAAGGCGCAAAUGUGAAUGUAAAAGUCACUACGUGGGAGAUGGGCUGAACUGUGAGCCAGAGCAGCUGCCCGUUGACCGCUGCUUACAAGACAAUGGGCAGUGCCACCCAGAUGCCGACUGUGCCGACCUCCACUUCCAGGAUACCACUGUUGGAGUGUUCCACUUACGCUCUCCACUUGGCCAGUACAAGCUGACCUUUGACAAAGCCAGAGAGGCCUGUAUGAAUGAAGCUGCAACCAUGGCAACGUACAACCAGCUCUCCUAUGCCCAGAAGGCCAAAUACCACCUCUGUUCGGCGGGCUGGCUGGAGACAGGGCACGUUGCCUACCCCACAGCCUACGCUGCCCAGAGCUGUGGCUCCGGCAUUGUUGGGAUAGUAGACUAUGGAAUCAGAACCAACAAGAGUGAAAUGUGGGACGUCUUCUGCUACCGGAUGAAAGAUGUGAACUGCACCUGCAAGGUGGGCUACGUGGGAGAUGGUUUCUUGUGCAGUGGGAACCUGCUGCAGGUCCUGAUGUCCCUCCCCUCACUCAAAAACUUCCUGACGGAAGUACUGGCCUAUUCCAACAGCUCUGCCAGAGGCCAGGCAUUUCUGAAACACCUGACUGACCUGUCAAUCCGCGGCACCCUCUUCGUGCCGGAGAACAGCGGGCUGGGGGAAAAUGAGACCCUGUCUGGGCGAGAUAUCGAGCACCACCUUGCCAAUGUCAGCCUCAUUUUUUACAAUGACCUCGUCAAUGGUACCAUCCUGCGAACCAGGCUGGGAAGUCAGCUGCUCAUCACUUCCAGCCAGGACCAGCUGCAGCUGGAGACCAGGUUUGUCAAUGGAAGAGCCAUUCUGCAGUGGGACAUCUUUGCCUCCAAUGGCAUCAUUCAUGUCAUUUCCGGCCCUUUAAAGGCACCCCCUGCCCCAGAGACCUCGGCCCACACUGGCUUAGGAACAGGGAUAUUCUUUGCCAUCAUCCUGGUCUUUGGAGCCAUUGCUUUUGCAGCAUAUUCUUACUUUCGGCUAAGCCAGAGAACAAUUGGCUUCCAGCACUUUGAGUCAGAAGAGGAUAUCAAUGUUGCAGCUUUCGGCAAGGAGCAGCCUGAGAAUAUCUCAAACCCCACGUACGAGAAUACCACCUCAGCUCCCCCAGAACCCUCCUACGACCCCUUUGCCGGUGGGGUUGCUGGUACAAUAUUUGUGGCCAAUCCAGACAUCUUGAAUACCACCCAUUUCACCCCAAAAAAGCCGUGUCUAGUAUCCAUUAUGCUAAUUAACAAGGCCUGGGUGCUGAUCGGAGCUGAAAACAAGAGAAGGACUCCGACCCCCUCGGGGGACUUUGAGGACCAGUCCAUCAUCACCCACAAGGCCAAAGGAGGGUCCUCAAAAAGACUAUCAACUGUGAAUUCUCAGCACCAGUUGCCUUUUGGGGAUGUUUCAAAAGACUGUUACUACAGCAUGCUUUCCUACAAAGCUUGCACCUGCUGCAGCCUUUUGCCCCCUGAGAGAAACCAGCCUCGGGGUGAAACCAGUACCACCAAGAGCGGAUGGAGAAAUGGAGUCAGAAGAACCCUGAAGACUGUGCAGUCCUGA